UACUAAAGCAUUCUAUUGAGACGAAAAUAGCCGCGGUAGUAAUCUCUAGUCACCACUUGCUACUACGAAAAGCAGUUUAGCGAACGUAGACAUUGAUGAUUCCGCUUCCCUUGAACCCAUAACCUCCGUAACCAGAUGCCUCCUAAACCCACUACCACAAUACCGUCGUCCUUCUUCCCACCGGGCACCCCUGUGGAGAUCGGCUCACACGACGCCGGAUUCGUGGGUUCCUGGUUCGCCGGCACAGUCCUCAGUCAUAACCGGAGCAAAUACUCCGUUCAAUACGAGACUCUCGUGUCCGACCUCGACCCCUCCGAGCCGCUCUGCGAGACCCUUCACGUCUCACAGGUCCGACCUGUCCCGCCUGGAGAGACGCGAGGUUGUUUCCUGGUGGGCGAUCACGUGGACGCCUACUGGAAUGAUGGGUGGUGGGAGGGCGUGGUCACCGAGGACUUGGGAGGUGGGAGGUUCGGGGUUUUCUUCCGGGUUUCGGAGGAGCAGAUUGAGUUUGGGAAGGAGCAUCUGAGGCUUCAUAGGGACUGGGUUGGUGGGAAAUGGGUUCCGCCAUUUGAGCAACAAGAGAUGGAAAAAGUGUCAAAGGCAGCAGGGAUCGUAGCUAGAGCAACAACAACACAGGAGAUAUUUAUCAAGGGGACAAUAGUUGAAGUUAGCAGCGAUGAAGAUGGUUUUCGAGGUGCUUGGUUUGCUGCGAGUAUUGUUGAAGCAGUGGGGAAAGAUAAGUUCCUAGUUCAGUACCAAAACCUUAGGGCGGACGAUGAUUCAUGCUUUCUGAGAGAAGAGAUUGAUACCCUGCAUAUUAGGCCCUAUCCACCAGAAACUCUUGUUGUCGAUCGUUUCAAUCUUUUUGAAGAAGUUGAUGCUUCCUACAACGAUGGUUGGUGGGUCGGUGUGAUUUCUAAAGUUCGCAUCGGCUCCAAAUACCGAGUCUACUUCAGGGACACUGAUGAGGAAAUGGAGUUUGAACACUCUGACUUGAGGCCACACCAGGACUGGAUUGAUGGCAAAUGGAUUAUUCCUUCCCGGGCUCUGAAUUUUUGAUUGCUGGAGAAAUCAAGGAAGGCAUCCAUUGAGCACCUUGAGAAAUUGCAUUUCAGUCUCUCAAAAGGCAGCCUUUUGUUUUCAACUUGCGAAUCUCUCUGAAUCAUACCUCCUCAACUGUUGUAACCAGAAUGGAAUUUAGGUGAAGCCUUGUAUUGUAUUGGUAAAUUAUCAGAUGUACUGUUCAUAUGUAACGGGCUCGCUGAUACUGCUUAUUGAUAAUCGUACAUGGCUUGGUUUGUGACA